AUGAUUAGGAGCGUUACCUUAUUCCUCCUCGCAAAUGUGGUCCUUCUCAGUGCAGAUGAUAGCCCUAAACAAGCCGUGAACAAUGAUCUUACGUCCGAUGGAUCCGUCCAGCCACAGGGUCAGCAGUACAGUUUUCCACCGAAUAAUACUCCGGUCACGAAGGUGUACGUUUUCGGGAGGCCCAUUUAUGUCAGACAGCCGUUUGUCUUACCUCUGCGAGAUGAUCCCUAUGGGCCUAGAUACGAAAACCCUGUUCUGGCAGAUCAGAGACCGUUUUCUGUGUCGCCAACAGGGAGUGUGACUGGCAGCGGGGACGAGGAGUCCAUUAUCAAAGAAGAGCUGAUGAAGCCGAUCUUCACAAAUGUUCCGAUGCGCUAUCGAUUACCUGAGCGACAGUAUGAGGAUCCUUAUCAGCCAUCACAAGAUCCACCGCCCUAUGUACAACCUAAGCCUAAAUAUCCUCUUCCGCAGUGCUACACGAAUGACAGUGGUUCGCUUUACUCGUUUUAUUCCUUGUCAGAGUGA